AUGCUGCGCAUUCAAGGAAAGACUUUUAUUGUAACUGGCGGAAGCUCUGGUCUCGGCGAAGCGACUGUUCGCAGCAUUGUCGAGAAAGGCGGCAAGGUGAUCGUGUUUGACAUCAACGAAGAGCGUGGCGAAGCCCUUGCUGCCGAAUUGGCCGGCUCGGUCUUUUGGCCUGGUGCAACCGACGUUGCAGGAGAGGAGUCAGUCACUAGCUCGAUCGAGAAAGGUGUUGCUGCAUUUGGCAACAUCUCGGGAGUUGUCAACUGUGGAGGCGUGGGAAUGGCACAAAAGAUCGUGUUCAGGAACGGCGAGCCUCAGCCUUUGGAUAUCUUUACCGAGGUGGUCAGGAUCAACCUCAUCGGCACCUUCAACGUCUGCCGCCUGGUCGCCGCUCACAUCGUUGCCAACAUCAAGGAGUCGUCUGAGAAGGAGGAGGAUCCUGGUGUCAUUAUCAACGUCGCCUCUAUUGCCUACACCGAGGGACAAGCUGGUCAGACGGCCUACUCUGCUUCCAAAGGUGGUGUUGCCGGUAUGACCUUGCCUAUGGCUCGCGAUCUGGCUGGCCAGGUUCGUGUCUGUGCCAUUGCCCCUGGCUUCUUUGGCACCCCUAUGACCAACGCUAUCAAGGACUCGAAUCUGGAGAGGAGCAUGAUCCACCCCUACCGUAUGGGUAAGCCAAGCGAGUUUGCCCACCUCGCCUGUGCCAUCAUCGAGAACCCCAUGAUGAACGGCGAGAUUGUCCGUAUCGACGGUGCUGUUCGUCUCGGGAAGUUGUAA